AUGGAGUUACCAUUACAAUUGACAAAAAAAUCAGCCCUACAAAAAUGCUUAACAUCCGAUGGCAUCUUGCUACGAGAACGCUGUAUUAAAUUGUUAGAUGCUCAUUCUGCUAAAAAAAUCGAUGCUUUAUUAGCGAUUGAUACAUUUUUCGAAUAUGGUAACAUCCUGCUCACAUAUAUUCAUGCUGAUGAAAUCCCACAAGAAUUAUCAGUCAAUACUUUAUUGGAUGAAACAAUAGAGAUUCUAAUUGAUAUUGCAUUUUAUCAUGAAAAUAUAAUUUUAAACCUAUUACAAAGAGCUUACGAUACACCUGAUUUAAGUUCCACAUUAUGGUCGAAAAGUGGAUGUUAUUUGAAAAACGGUCUCGGAAUACUGGAUUAUUUAUCUAGUCUAAUAAAUAAGUUCCAAUAUCAUUCCAAAUAUUAUGAACUCAUGAACCAAUUAUCUUUAGAGUUUAAGUUAUUACAACAAUUAAGUAUAAUUGUUUUAUCGCUUUCGAAAUUGAGGUCAAAAAUCUAUAACGAGAAAAAUGAUGCAAUUUUGGAUUUCCAAGAAGAAGAUUUGAGAGAAUUAGCAUCAAAUAGUUCAUUUUACGCUAAAAUAUGUAUUGGUUGUCGAGAAUUACUUUUUCAACAUAAUAAGAAGGAAUUCAAAUCAUUACUAUUGACUACUGCCUUAGGUUAUUACCUGGAUAGUCUGACGUUUUUAUUAUUAUCGAUGGAUCAAUAUAACAAUGAUGAAUGUGGGAUUGCAAUUGGCAUGCUCGAGCAAUCAAUUAAAUCGUUAUCUGGAAUCAUUCCGUUGUCAGAAUUGAAUACUACAAUAUUAAAUGAAAAGACAAUUAAAAAGAAAGACAUCUUUAAACUGAAAAUUCAAAGUAAAAAAAAUCCAUUAAGGAUGGAUUCCAAAAUAACAAAUUAUGGUACGAAAACGGGGAAGAAUAAUAAUAACAAUACAUUGAUUCCGGUCUUACAAGAUAGUUUAGAUGAUUUUGUUAUACCGUUGAUAACCUUAUUACGUUAUAGAUAUAAUAUUACAAAUGAAAAAUUAUCCUUUAAACCAGUAGAAAAUGACAGAACAAAACUGGAAAGAUUCUUCCCAAGAGGUAAAAUACCGGAUCUUAAUGGAACAAAAUGGGUAUUCCACAAUAAUAAACUAGUGCAGGAAGGAAACAUUGUGAUUAAGCAUGGACAACAAACAAACUAUUUCUAA